AUGGCAUCUCCUCUAGGACCCCACGCGUGGCCGAUGGCGGAUGCCGCGUUGACUCAGGAACUCUUGGGCUUGUUGCAGCAAGGCACGCAUUAUGACCAGCUCAGGAAAGGUGCAAAUGAAGUUACAAGGUCUGUGACCCGAGGCAACUCCGAGAUCGUCGUUCUCGCUGGUGACACAAAUCCUCUCGCGAUAUUGAUGCACCUUCCACUGCUGUGCGAGAACAAGAAUGUCCCGUAUGUCUUUGUGCCUAGCAAGCAAGCGAUGGGUCACGCAUGCGCUGUGAGUCGGCCGACUAUCGCAGCCACUAUCAUCGCGAACGAUGCCAGUGACCUGGCUCAACGGAUCGAGCAGGUUAAGAACAAGGUGGAGCGACUUGCAAUGUAA